UUUGUUGUUGUUGCCCUUCCAGAAGCUGCUCUCCGAGCGCUGUCUGAGGGGGGCGAGUCUCCACCCCCUGUUCGCCUCCUCGCCCCUCAGUCGCUGCAGGCAGAGCUGAGAGGCAGAUCAUCCGACAGGCAGGACUAGAGACCGCAGCCGCCGCCGCCGCAGCUCGCCAGCUAUCUCGUCCACUUUGCCCGGACCGCGUGCUUUGCGAUGGCUCUUAAAGCACACCUGCUCCUGAUCUGGGGCGCGCUAUCGACCCUGGAAGGAAGUAAGCUAUGGGAAGUUCCGUCAGCACCUCGUUCCAGUCUGAACGUCACUGGGAAGCUUUACUGGGAGUCACAAUGUAACUUUCAACUGCGUCACCUGCAGGAUGGGGCCCAAGUCACAGCUCUUAUCCCCCCUCGACUGGAAGGCAGCUGGGUGUCCACAGGCUGUGAAGUGCGUCCUGGACCAGAGUUUCUCACCCGCUUCUAUAUCUUCUACCCUAACCGACUAUUCAAGGCUCUCCAGUUCUAUUACCGGGAUGGCCGCUGUCAUGAACCUUCAUAUUCACUUGUCAUCAAAGGGAAGCUGCGUCUGAGGCAGGCCUCCUGGAUUACCCGGGGUGCCACUGAGACUGACCAUCACUUGCAUAAAGUGGGAAUUGUGUUCCACAGUCAGAAUACUAUACAUGAGUUUCUGCUCCAGAUCAACCAGACUUGUCCCCAGCUACUGUCUGGCUGGGGCAGUUGGGUGCUGGGUAGCAUGUAUGAGCUUUACAGUGCCAAGACAGGUCGGGAUUGCAGGGCAGCUCUGGGCUUCUCAAUGAUGGAGCUCAGCAUCCUACGGGUUGAGAAGCACCAUCACCCGCAAGGAAAGUUAGUUGAGGAGCUUUUGUUGGGAGAUGUGCACACAGACUGGAGCCAAAGGACAAUGUACAGGCCAACUGGCUACCAGCGCCCCCUUCAGAGUGCAGUGAAUCAUGUCCAUCCAUGUCCCAUCUGUGGAAUCAUCUUCCGCUCCAGUGAACAUCAUCCUCCAAUCCUGCCACUCCAUCCACAAAUUCCCGUUAGCCUCCAUGGAAAGUGGGUGAGCUGGGAGUGUGAGGUACGCCCUGCAGUGCUCUUCCUCACACGCUACUUCAUCUUCCAUGAGCACAACUCCUCCUGGGAAGGCUUCUACUACCAUUACUCGGACCCAGCCUGCAGGCAACCCACUUUCAUCGUCCACGCUGCUGGCCAUUACAUCAGUGAUGGCCACUCUACUUUCUGUGAUGGGGGCACAAAGUUCACUUUUAAGGUGACACAAGCACGAGUAACACCGGUAGACAAGGCGUCAGUGCAGCUGUUGAACUCCUCUAAGGAGGGUACAUGUGGAGACUCUGGCCAGUGGACCAUAGGGGUGGAACAGGACAUCACCGGGACGAAAGGCUGUACCGUCUUGGGCAUUAAGCUUCCUCAUAAGGAAUACGAGCUAUUCAAAAUGCAACUGGAUCACAAAGGUCGCCUACUAUUAUUCACCGGCGAGCGGCCCACUGAUGGUUCCAGCCCAGACAGACCACAGAAGAGGCCCACAUCCUACCAGGCACCAUUGGUCCAGUGCACAGCAUCAGCAGAGCAAGUAGACAGGCAUGACCAGCUAUUGCUAGCCUCCAGAAGUGAGAAAAGCAUAUUAGGGCUGGCUGCUUGGACCCCCACUCUCGUCCUUGGUUCCUGCUUAAUUGCAGCGUUUUGAGGCAGACAGAACUGUACCUUUUAGCCAAGUGUAGAUAUUACAGCCAUCAAGGUGGGUGUCACUGGACCCAUUGCUGGACUGCCAGACUGCUGGAGCAUGCAGUGUCCUUAUGCAGUCUCGUGGUCCGAUCUGUCCAAAGAUUUCAGUUCCAAGAAACAUCAGCAUCAGACGGGCUCCGUUGCUGCACUCUAGGACCUCUUCAGAAAGCCCGGGGGUAGAGCAGGAUGGAGUGCUCAUCUGCAAGAGCUUCCCUCUAGUCCUAUUUCAUGAGGGACAUACUGGCGUUGCUCUAUUAUCAGCGCCAAAUGCCUGUAAGGUAAACAUUUAAUUGAAAUAUACUUCUGUGACUUUGGACCUGCACAAGGUAUUCUAACUGAGGGACUAGGUCCUCGUCAGAUGUCAUACAAACUUUAUUUUGUAGUCAAUUCAUUUUAUA